AUGGAUGAAGUCAGCUUUUGUGAGGGUACUGCAGAAGACUUCCGUAAGGCUGUGGAUUUAAUGUUUCUGGACAAAAAGUGGUUAAUUUCGUAUACUGAUUUUAACGCAUAUAAAGCAGGCUGCUCAGAUGGGACCUGUCGUUUUAUUAUUUCAAAAAAUUCAAAAGGACCGUUUUUUGUGCAGUUCUGUAAAUCCGUUGUUGCAGAUGGCAGGUUUCUGCUGUCACAUGAGCACAUUUUAGCUGAAGAAGCUGAAAAGGAUUUUGCUGAACCUUUCCUUAUAAGAAGCCUUGAAACCUUCUUUGUUGCUUUAAGACUGGUAUGGGCUCAUUUAGGAGACUUUGUUGGGUGUAUUUCUAUCGCCGUACUUCACCCAGGGUUAGCUUUUAUUGACAAUUUCUAUACAGUUCCCGAUUAUCGUGGUAAAGGGCUUGGAAGCAAAAUUUUUAGCUUAGCAGUCACAGACGAAAUACGAGAAAAAUGUAAUGUUGGGCUUCAUGCAGUACCGGAGGUGUCCGAAUAUUACAAGAAGAAGCAGGAUUUUUCUUGCUUUCAAAUUUGUCGUCUUGAAGUGUAUCACUUGACAGGUUUUUCUGAAGCCAUCAAGAAGAUUUCGGAUAAAAAAAACUUCAGGAUUCUGGAUGCUAGAAAAGCAGUUGAUAAGGUCCUUGCAAUUGAUAAAUUAGUGUGGAAGAGAACAAGAGAAACAUUUUUAAAUGCAUGGCUGAAUCGUGAAGAAACUACUGCUGUGGAUUUUCGUCUUGAUAGGUGCGGAGCCAACGAAGCUGGACUCAAACCUUUUGAAACAACCCCAAAAAGGAAUUUACUUCAAAAGGUCCAGGUGAUAUGCGACGAGAGUGCAACCCUCGGAUACGGUGUACUCCGAAAGUCAUGUGGUAUCAACAGCUUCAUUUUUGGCCCCAUUUAUCUGACACAGGCAGAAGCGUUUUUGCCACUAAUGAAAGCUACACUCACUGGCUUGCCAGAAGAUUCAAAAGUUGAAAUUCGGUCACCAUCUUUCAACAGUGAAAAGGUUUGUAAAAUGCUCGAAGGCUUUGGGACUUACAAAAAGGAAGCUGAAUUUAUCACCCAAUUCACCAAAUCCCUUCCAGAUUAUAACUAUGACUUAGUGUACUGUAUUACAGAUACAUUGACACCUGUUUAA